UUAAUACACUUUAAUUCGUUUCUUGCAGUGACACAGCACGUGCACAACUGUGGACCACAGACUUUUCUCAUCAGUCGGAAGGGCGGCACUCUGCUGACCAUUAACAACUUUGUCUAUCGCUCCAAUCUCAAGUUUUAUGGCAAAAGUAAUGACAUUUUGUACUGGGAAUGCGUACAAAAUCGUUCCAUGAAAUGCCGCAGUCGCCUCAAGACCAUCGGUGACGAUCUCUACGUGACUAAUGAUGUACAUAAUCAUAUGGGCGAUACGAAGCGUAUAGAGGCGGCCAAGGCGGCUGGCAUGCUUAUACACAAGAAGUUGAGCUCUCUGACUGCCGCCGAUCGUAUUCAUGGUUGGAAUCGAGCUGAGAGCGGCUCUGGCGAUCCGUUGGCCAAGAUUGAGUCAGCGUAGAAAUAGUGACAGUAUCGGAUUUAACUUAAUUAGGACAAUCGAAUAAUACAAAACAAGAAGCAAGUACAAGUUCUUUGCAUGUAGAACGCGAUUUCGAAUCGGAUGGGAAAUCUUAAAUUAUAUAUAAAGUAUACAACUGUUGUGUCUCUAGAUCCCUUUGCUAAGCAUUGAAGCAUGUUGUUAAUCAGUUUAUUUAUAAUUAAGAUGGAUCCACAAAGAUUUUAGGUCCUUAGAGUCAAAUAUUAUAAAAUUAAGAAAAAAUAAAGACAUCC